AUGCGGGGCGAGCCGCCCGCCUGGGCCCCGGGGCCGGCUCAGGCGGCCGCGCUGCUGGAGGAGGCGGCGGAUCUGCUGGUGCUGCACCGCGACUUCGCCGCCGCCCUGGAGCGCUGCGAGGCGGGCUGCGACAGCCUGGGCCCCGGCCACGGCCACGGCCACGAGAGUUUUGCAGAAGUGAAAUGCUCCCUUUGUGUUGUGGGGAUUCAGGCUCUGGCUGAGAUGAACCGGUGGAGAGAAGUUCUAUCUUGGGUUCUACACUAUUACAAUGUCCCUGAACAUCUCCCUCCAAAAGUUCUGGAGUUGUGUAUCCUGUUGUACAGCAAAGUGAGGGAGCCGCAGGUGAUGCUGGAGGUGGGCAGCAGCUGGCUGAGAGCCCACGGCAACCAGAGCCUCCCUGAGUUCGGGUCUCUGCUGGAGCUGUACCUGGCACAGGUGCUGCUGCCGCUGGGGCGCUUCGAGGGCGCGGAGGAGCUGGUGCGGGGCUGUGCCGUGUUUGACAGCGAGCAGCAGCUGGAAUUCCUCAGCACUAUCCUGGAGAGUCGCUGUCGGUGGGCUCAGCAGGAACAGGCACGCUCAGCUGCUGAGGAACAGCAAGACCCAGCCACAGAAACUGUUCUGGGAGUGCUGUCCCAAAAGCUCCUGACCAUGCUGACAUUGCUACGUAGAGCACUGAGGUCCAUGUCAAACCACUUCUGUUUACUUCCUUACAAGAAGAUGCUCUUGGCUACUUUUUUGCUGUACCUGGUGGUGGUGAGAUUAGAUCCAGCUUCUCCCACGUCACUGCCAUUCAUUUACAAACUGGUCCAGCUCUUCCGACAAGCUUGGGCAGCUGUGCUUUCUCCAAUCCACAGGCCUCCAAUUCGAAACUAA